CGCACCGUUACGUCAUCAACGCGCGACAAAGCUACGCAACAGCCGAGAGUUAUCAUGUGCGCGAGGAGAAGGAUGCAGCUUAUUUGAAACGAGUCGUGCUAACUGAUGCAUCUUGGAAAUGAGUGAAACUGUGGAAAUAGUUGAGAAACAGAAGUCAAGCUUUGAAGACCGACUUCUAAAUGAUGAAUCUGUGUCUGGCAUGAUGGAGUUUCUCAGCAUUGAUGUGGAUCUGAGCUCCAGCGCAUCAAACAGAGAGGAAACAUUAUGCUCUAAGAAUGUGAUGCGAAAACAGCGGAACUGGGAGAGGAGAUUGGAGGCAAAAAAGAGCAAGAGGAAAGAGGAAAAACAGAGAAGGAAACAGAACCAACAAGAUAAAGAUGUUGUGUCUCAGUUUAGUAAACGUGUGACCAAGGCUAUCACAAGAGAGCGUCUGGAGGAGGCGAGAGCAGCUGGACCAAGACUGUGUGUGGAUCUGAGCAUGAGCGACUGCAUGUCACACAAAGAAAUCAGUCGUCUCGCCAGUCAAAUAAGACGUCUCUAUGGGUCCAAUAAGAAAGCCACGCAGCCGUUUCACCUCUUCCUCACAGACAUGAAAGAAGACAGUCUGCUUUAUAAAGAAUGCAUCAGAAUGAAUGAAGGCUUUCUUAACUACUUGAUUGAUAUCACUGCGGAGAGUUGGAUUGAUCUCUUUCCUUGUGAGGAUGUAAUUUAUUUAACUCCAGAUGCGAGUGAAGCUUUAGAGGAAGUAAAUGGAGACAAGGUCUACAUUCUUGGAGGCCUGGUAGAUGAGAGCAUUCAAAAGAAACGGAGCUACACCAGGGCAAAAGAGCUCAGCGUGCAGAUGGCGAGGCUGCCCAUUGAUGAGUACAUGAUGAAAAGACCAAACCCCAAGAAUUUUCACUCAAAAAUCCUAGCCAUCAACCAAGUAUUUGAAAUCCUGCUGACUUAUCGUGACACUGGAAGCUGGAGCAAAGCCCUCAGUGCUGGAGUUCCCACAGGAAAGGGAUACAUCGUGUCUUCUGAAGUAGAGUUGGAUUUACCAUUAUGACCAAUAACACGUAUACCAGCACAACAACCUCAGGAUGCCAAUUUAAACAGAAAUCUCACAGGCCUUCGAGAGAGAAUUGAGAAGUGAUUCUGCACUGAUCUGCUCAGCACUAACCAAGUGUAAAAGCACUGACCAGAUUAAGAUAUUAACACAGUUGUGACUGCUGUUCUUCUGUGAACCCUGUUGUCACUAAGCAUGACAUCCUUCGGUUUUUGAAUUUCUGUCUUAAACAAUCAUUUUAAUUAUCAUAAAUGAUGGAAUAAACUUAGACAAUUACUCAAUUCAGAUGCUAUUAGUUUGCUCUUAGAACUGCAGCUUUUCCCCAGGAUAUAAUCUAUUUUAAUGAUUGUUUAAUUUAUAGUAUUUAUCUAAAACACACUAAUCUUUCCAUUUUUUUCAGCUAUUCAUAAUGAUUUCAUGGUAAAUGCAUUUUCCAUAUCAGUAUGUUGUUUUUUGGUUUCUUGCACUGAAUCUUUAUAGCCAUAUUUAUUUAUAGGUAGCCAGUUAGCAAAUUACUGUAAUGUCUGGAAAGCUGGACAGAAACCAUUCCUAUUCAUGGCCACUAGAUGGCGCGCUAUACAACUAUGUGACUCAGCAGUUUCUUUCCAUCACUUAUGUUGUCUUACAAUAUGCAGCAGGCAGAGAUUAACAGAAUAAAAUACAUUUAUAGUUUUUUUAUGGGUUAUGUGAGUGUAUGACUAUUUCAAAUAAAAACAUUUAACUAAUCAAAAAGAAA